GGCUGGGUUACAUGCAUGCACAUACAGAAUCGCAUGGCGGCGCUGCAUUUCUUCCUCUUACCUCGUCGCGUCUUCCGGGCUGUCGUCGACCAGGUGAGGGUUCACAGGGCAUGCGGAGGUCGUGUUUUGCUUUCAGCUCCCACUUUAGCUGCCACUCGUGAUGUGAUGGCUUUCCUGAGUUGGUUCAUGAGAAGGCAGCUGUCGCCGGCCUUGUCCCACUUCGCCCGGACAGUGAAGCUAGUCCGGCCUCCGUGCGCCGGAGCUCCGCUGAGGAGGCUGCACGGUUCGGCGCGGCUGCGGGUCGCAGAGAAGGGGGGACCGUGGGGGAAGACCCGGGGGCCGGAGCAGCAGUACCAGCUCACAGACCUCGACAAGGCGGACGCUUUGAUGCUGAGAAAGUCCCAUGAGACAGGAUUCCUCUCGUGGUUCAGAAACGGUCUGCUGGCGACUGGCAUCGGAGUCAUCGCAUUUGUCCAGAGUGAAGUUGGACGAGAAGCAGGAUAUGCUUUCUUUAUCCUGGGAGGUGUGUGUGUGUCGUUUGGCGGCGCCUCAUACAUUGGCAGCCUGUUUGCCUUACGGAGGAUGAUGCUGCUGUCUGUGCCGGCACUGCUCAUCCAGAGCGCCGCGGUGGGCACCGUCGCCCUCUUCUGGCUCUGCGCGAUAUCGCUCUACAUCGGCCGUCUGGAGGUGGAGAUCAUCCACGAGGACGAGGAGGGAGAGGAUGAGGAAGAGUGCAGGGAGUGCCGCGAGAGGCGUGAACAUAGGGGUUACCGCGGCUCCCACGACAGCAGACAUCAAGACAGUGAGGACAAUGGCGGCAAGGGGCCAAAUAAGUAGACAUGCUGGAUAGAGAGCAGAAAACGGUGUGUGUGAUGGUUUGAUUCAGGGCUUCCCCUUGUAUGUGUGUGUGGGUGUGUGUGUGUGUGUCAUUGUGUAAAGACUAUUGUUAAGGUGAAGAACGACUUUUAGACCUUUUUGAAAAGCUGGUCUUAAAAUGCUGAAAAUUUGACUACAUUCACUUCUGGUGAAUAAAUUAGAUUUUUUUUUUUGUAAGAUUUCUUAUAAUCAGACAUAUUCAAAGCUGCUUCACUUACAUUGUCAGUCUGUCUGAACAUUGUAAUUAUUAUUAUUAUUUUUUUUUUACAUCCUCACAUUCACAGACACACUGCAAAGAACAUCAUAUAUUUGUUCACUUUAGCGUAUGCAAUAAUUUUUGGUCUGUUUCCGUAGAGUUUCUCGACUCAGCUGUUAUUGGAUGCUGUUUGUUUUAUCAUCUUCUUCAGCAUAAUUAACUGUGAUUGAAUACUUGAAGUUUUCAUUAAAGUCUUGAAAUAAAACAAGUGACAUGCUGUGAGGUCUAGAAAGAAUCAACAUCCUGUGUGCAGGUUUCAGGUUUCUAUUUUCUUCUUCUUUUUUUUUAUCGCAAAUCAAUGAGGGCUUAGAAUAUAUAUUUUUUACAGAGGUUCAAGUUACCCUGUGAUCAUGUUUUAUUUUGUUCUGUAAAGACAAUAGUUCAGUCAGUUUUUGUUUGUCAUCAUAUUCUUUCUCAGACUUUUGGAAACAAAGUAGUAUUUUUCACAGCUUUUUCUGUGGUUAUAUAUUUUGCUCUGUAUUGUUGAUAUACAUGUACAGUACGUAAUGUAACCAUAUACCAUUUUACCUUUUGAGUGAACCUAACACUGUCCGGUGACCACUACAACUAUUGUCUUAAUGGAUGUAAAGAACAGGUCAUAGUAUGGAGUUUAUAAUAUCGAGGGAUUCACCGUUUACUUUUGUUUGUGUUUGCACCACUUUCAAUGCACCCUGCUGUACAUACAGUAAUAAAGCAAGAAGACAUCUGUCCAGA